AUCCAAUAUUAAUGGGGUGCUGGAUUAAUUGCACCCAAAUUCAAAUCUUCACCUUCUCUUUAUUUCCCUUUUAUCAGUUUUGACCUUGCAGUUUCCUUUUGCUCUUAUCUCCUCUCCCAUUUCCAAAUCUCCUCAAAUGGGUUUAGCAUAAAGUUUGAAUCUUUACCACAAUUUCCCAACAUUGUGAAGAAACAUGAGGUGGGUGAGCUUCGAAAUUAAAGAAAGCUCGAAUCUUUCCCCCUCCCAACACCCAUACCUUCCGUUCCUCUCUCCUCCGCCGCCGCCGCCGCAGUCAAAUGGGUUCAAUCUGAACAACAAGGUCACUCCCAACAUGCUGCUGAUAAUCAUAAUCCUAGCCAUCAUCUUCUUCAUCUCCGGCCUGCUCCAUCUUCUCGUGAGAUUUCUCCUCCGCCCCGCAAACAGGGAUCCCGAUGAAAUGGACGAUGUCACCGCGCUUCAAGGCCAGCUCCAGCAGCUCUUCAAUCUCCACGACGCCGGCGUCGAUCAGUCCUUCAUCGACACUCUCCCCGUCUUCAAUUAUGACUCAAUCAUCGGCGUGAAGGAUCCCUUCGAUUGCGCUGUGUGUCUCUGUGAAUUCGAGGCUGAGGACAAGCUCAGGCUGCUCCCGAAAUGCAGCCACGCUUUCCACAUGGACUGCAUCGACACGUGGCUGCUUUCCCACUCCACCUGCCCCAUUUGCAGAUCGUGCUUGCUCCAGGAUUUUCCUGCAAUGAGCAAUGUUCGACCUCCCAUUGUGCUCGUUCUUGAGUCCGGGAGCGAGAGCUCCCGGGAGAUCGCGCGCUUGAGCUCCGAUAGGUCGGAGGUCGCUACCGAGAUUGAAUCAGCAAAUAAUGAGGAGGAUCGGAGCAAGAGAGUUGUGGCGGUGAAGCUGGGGAAAUUCAAGAAUGUGGAAGGUGGAGGAGAAGAAGAAGAAGAAGGGAGUAGUAAUGGGGCUUUUGAUGCGAGGAGGUGCUUCUCCAUGGGCUCCUUUGCUUAUGUUAUGGACGAGAAAUCGUCGCUGCAGGUCCCGAUCAGGACUCCUAUAAAGAAGCAGCAUAGCAAGAAGCCGCCGCUGCAGCUGACGCCGGGGCGGCGGCCGGCGAUUUCGGAGUGCGGUGGGUGUGAUUCGAGGCGGGAAUUCAACGACUUCGAAGCGUUUAAGGUUCUUCAAAGUGACAAUGCUGGUGCUAAGUCGCUUGAUAGGAGAGGCAAUAAGGAGAGUUUUUCGGUGGAGGCGUCGAGGAGGGCGGUUUCGUUCCGGUUCCCGGUGGAGAGGGGCAGGGGGGACACGAGGCGGGCGACGUCGGAGAGGUGGGGAGGUGUGGUUGGGAGGUGCAACAGUUUGGAUUCUCAGAUAAAUCCACCAUCAUUUGCAAGGAGGACUCUUCUUUGGAUCAUGGGAAGGCCUAAUAAGGUUGUUCAUUCAUCCUAUUUGACAGAUCUUUAAGCCUUAGGUUGCACAUUUUCCAUCCAAAUUAGGCAAACUAGAGCACAAAUUAUUUUUUUGGCUUCACUUCACAAAAUCUUUGAAAUUGUUUCUACAUGUAUGUUAAUUUUAUUUCGGAAUACAACAAGUAUGGUACGUUCUUGCAA